AUGACUGAAAACAAGAACGAAUUGGCCGCUUUAGGAGCGGGCACCCUGUUUGGCGUCCACGGCAUGGUUGCUGCUAUCACGGGCGGCGGCUCUGGUAUCGGUCUCAUGAUGGCCAAGGCAUUGGCCGCCAAUGGUGCUGAGAAGGUCUACAUUCUGGGUCGGCGUAAGGAGGUCCUCCAGGAAGCUGCGUCUUCUAUUGGGCCCAACGUUGUCCCAUUGGUCUGCGACGUGACCGAUAGAUCCAGCCUGAGAGAUGCCACCGCCGUCAUCGAGAAGGAGGCCGGGUUCGUCAACCUGUUGGUCUGUAAUGCCGGUGUCGGUGGCCCUCAAGUCAAGGCCCCUUCUGCAGAGAUGACCGCUGCCGAGUGGGCCGAGCAACAUCUCGAGCACAACAACUCUGACUACACGCGAGUCUUCGACGUAAACGUCACCUCCGUGUGGUACACGGCAAUGGCCUUUGUCAAGCUUCUCGACCUCGGUAACCAAAAGGGUAACCUCUCGCAGAGCUCCCAGGUCGUCUCGACCAGCUCGAUUGCCGCAUUCAACAAGAACGCCCCGGGUGGUUGGGCGUAUGGCCAGUCCAAAGCAGCCGCAACACUGCUCACCAAGCAGUUGUCAAGCAACCUGCCUCGCUGGAACAUCAGAGCCAACUGCAUCGCCCCCGGGUUGUUCCCCAGCGAGAUGUCGGCGCCUAUUGCGAAGCUCUACAGCGACGACGGUAGUGUUCCCAAAGAAAUGGUGCCCCUGCAGAGGAUGGGUGAUACCCAAGACAUGGCGGGGGCGAUACUAUACCUUGCAUCCAGAGCAGGAGCCUACUGUAACGGUGCGGUCAUCACUGUGGACGGCGGUCGACUUGGUAAUUUUCCCACAACAUGGCUUGCCUAA